AACUAAAUUGGAGGGAUCGAUCAUUGCUUUUGAUGCCAAGACUUCAUCCCUGACAUCUAUAUGUUCAUUUGUCAGCCUCCAAGAAAUAAUACAGCUCAUCAGUGGCAAUAACUGUUUUGGUAUACGCUGACAUUUAUUUGGAAAAGCAAAUAAAAAACCCCCAACUGACCAAACCCAACAAACCUUUUGAAGACUUGUGUCAAAUGACGUCAAUGGCCAGUUUGUUCUCCUUUACUAGCCCAGCUGUAAAGCGUCUGUUGGGCUGGAAACAAGGAGAUGAAGAAGAAAAAUGGGCAGAAAAAGCUGUUGAUGCUUUGGUUAAAAAGCUGAAAAAGAAAAAAGGUGCUAUGGAAGAACUGGAGAAAGCUUUGAGCAGUCCAGGACAACCCAGCAAGUGUGUUACUAUCCCCCGCUCUUUAGAUGGACGACUUCAGGUUUCUCACAGGAAAGGCCUUCCCCAUGUCAUUUACUGUCGUGUUUGGCGUUGGCCUGAUCUACAAAGCCAUCACGAGCUGAAGCCAUUGGAUAUUUGUGAAUUUCCUUUUGGAUCUAAACAGAAGGAAGUCUGCAUCAAUCCAUACCACUACAAGAGGGUGGAGAGCCCAGUUCUACCUCCAGUGUUAGUGCCUAGACAUAGUGAAUUCAAUCCACAGCACAGUCUACUAGUCCAGUUCAGGAACCUAAGCCACAACGAACCACAUAUGCCACACAACGCGACAUUUCCAGAUUCUUUCCAGCAACCCAACAGCACUCCAUUUUCCAUUUCACCAAACAGUCCCUAUCCACCUUCUCCAGCCAGCAGCACUUACCCAAGCUCCCCAGCUAGCUCUGGACCAUCUAGCCCAUUUCAGCUACCAGCUGAUACUCCACCUCCUGCAUAUAUGCCCCCUGAUGAUCAAAUGGGGCAGGAUAAUUCUCAGUCUAUGGACACAAGCAAUACAAUGAUCCCUCAAAUCAUGCCAAAUAUAUCUACCAGAGAUGUUCAGCCUGUUGCCUAUGAAGAACCCAAACACUGGUGUUCGAUUGUGUAUUACGAAUUAAAUAAUCGUGUUGGGGAGGCUUUUCAUGCAUCUUCUACAAGUGUCUUAGUAGAUGGGUUUACAGAUCCCUCCAAUAAUAAAAACAGGUUCUGCUUAGGUUUGCUCUCGAACGUUAAUCGCAACUCGACAAUUGAGAACACUAGACGACAUAUUGGAAAAGGUGUUCAUCUCUACUAUGUUGGUGGAGAAGUCUAUGCUGAGUGUUUAAGUGAUAGCAGCAUCUUUGUACAGAGCAGGAACUGCAACUACCACCAUGGCUUUCAUCCAACAACUGUAUGCAAGAUUCCUAGUGGAUGCAGCCUGAAAAUUUUUAACAAUCAGGAGUUUGCUCAGCUUUUAGCUCAGUCUGUCAACCACGGAUUUGAAGCAGUCUACGAGCUCACCAAAAUGUGCACCAUUCGAAUGAGUUUUAACAAGGGCUGGGGAGCUGAGUAUCACCGACAAGAUGUCACGAGCACCCCGUGCUGGAUAGAAAUUCAUCUUCAUGGGCCCCUCCAGUGGCUGGAUAAAGUACUUACACAAAUGGGUUCUCCUCUUAAUCCCAUCUCAUCUGUUUCAUAGUGCUGAAAUUCUACC